AUGGUAAAUAGGGCCAUUAAGAACAUUGUCGAUCAAAAUAGAGUUUCUAGUUUAUUUCGAGAGACUUUCACUGGACCUUCAUGUUUAUACCAUUGGCUAAUUAAUCAGAGACCUAAAAGUUACCUUAGAAGAAAUUUGUCAUACAUUCAAAAAUCUCGUAGAAAACCGGUAAGAACAUCUAAUUUUAAUCAAAGAGAACGACGCCUAACACUUGAAGAAUUGUCUAAGCGUCGUAUACAAGAAGACGAAAACAUUUCCACUAGUCGAGUUUAUAGAACUCUUAAUCUUACGAUUGAUGAGUUGGUCACAAAUGCAAGCCAUUCUUCAGAAAAUAAACGCUUUAGUGCCGAAUGUGAAGUUGCUCUUUUCGAAAUAAAGGAAUCAUUUGUUGAAUAUAUAUAUGAUAUUAAAAUUCUUAAUCAAUUUAGGGGACUUGCUGAUCGCAAUCUUCCAGAAGUUUGUAUUCAGUUUUCUAAGUCACGCGGUGAUCAAAUAAUAUCGUUGGAUUUGAGAAAUGAAUUUGCAUUUCAUUUACUAAAUAUUCUCGAAUUCCAAUUGAUUGAUAGUCAAUGUGUCGCCAAAUGUUUGAGUUACGUGGAUAAGGUUAAUAAUAACAAAAAAUAA